AUGAUGAUCCUUUUGGGGAUACAGGGCCCCAAGACCGGUACCGCGCACCGAGACGAGGCGGUCCAUUUCCGCAACGAAAACAACUCUGUCUCAGACGCCCUGCCCAAGGACGUUUGCUCCCACUACACCAUGGGCGCCACAGACAGGCUUAUGCGGCCGAGGUGGCAUCAAUGGAACCCGAACUAA